GAAUACAUGGAUGGUUUAAUAUAGUAAGAUCCAUGGUUUUAAUUCAUUACAUUGCAAUGGGGGGAAUCUCACAUUGAUAAAAUUCAGCACCCAUUCAUAGUAAAGAAGAAUAGUGCUUCCUUACCCUGAUAAAGAAUAUCUAUCAAAAAAUCCACAACAAACACUAUAGUUAAUGGUGAUAUGUUACAAGCAGUCAAGAACAGGAUAAAAAUGCCCAUUACCAUCACUGCUCUUCAACAUUGUGUGAGAGAAUUUAGUCAGCACAGUACAGCAAGAAAAAGGAAAAAAAGGACAGGAAGAUACCACACUGCUAUGACUUGCAUACUCUAUGAUUAUUUGCACAGCGAAUUCAAGAGAACCUACAAACUUAUUAGAACUGAAAGAGUUCACUUUUGCUGAAUAUAAGAUUAUAUAAAACCCAACUGCAUUUCAAUAGCCAUCUAUCAAUUAUAAAAUACAAAAGUGAAAGUACAAUUAGCACUAGUUAUAAAAAUUUUAAGAUAGGAAGGACUAGGUCUGACAAAAUCACCAACAAAAUUAAUCCAUCAGUUUUUAUAUGGGGAAAUAGAAGCCCUGAGAGGGGAAAUGACUCUUUCAAGGAUACCCAGUAAAUCAGAGGCAAUUCUGGGUUUUCAGUGGCACCAAAUUCUGGAGAUCUGAGUAUUGGGUAAUUUUGGUAUUGUCCUUCUAUUAAAAAACAACAAAACCCAGUGGGUUGGGGCAGAGUGGGGGGCAAAAAAAGAAAAACCAAACCAAAACUCAUUGUAUUUUUCUGAUUAUGAAUUCAAUAUUCAUGUGUUCUGAUUAUAAAUUCAAUAUUCAUGAAAAUUCAGAAGAACGUUAUGAAGUAAUGCCAUUAACAUUCCCAUACUGUUAUCUUGAACACGAUGGUCAAUGGUUUGAUGUAUUUCCUUCAAAAUUUUUGUCUGUAUAUAUUUAUGCUUUUAAAAAUGAAAUCAGGAUAUCAUGUGUACUAGUUUGUGUACUGAUCAUUUUCACACACAUUUUCCUGUAUUCUCACCUAGUCUUUGUGAAUUUGAUAAUGUAGCACUCAGUUAUGUUGAUGAAGCAUAUGUCAUUUAUUUAACCUAUCAAUUUGAGCUUUUGGAGACAAAUCAAGUAUCAGGUAUAACUGUGAUGAUCAUGCUGAUAUAAUUUCAACCCCAGAGCUAGCUCACACACAUGCAGACGUGAAACCCAAGUGAGUUUCUAAGGCCAGUGGUUAUUCUGGUGGAGAAGGUUAAACCCAGCAUCAGGUAACUGGUCCCACCGGAAGGGGACAGUGGCCUGGCUAGCAGGAAGUGAAUGGACUUGGAACGAGUGGACGGAUGGAGACCAAUUAGCCCUGAGGCGUUAGGUGCUGCCCAUCCUCUGCAGCCUUGGCUUCCUUCCUGGCGAAGUGGGGACAAUACCAGCGCCAGUCUCAUCUAGGGCCGAGCUCCUCCAGGCCCCAGAGCCUUUGCACGGGUCGUUUUGUCUGCUGAAGGUAGCUCUGCACUUCUCUCCACCUGGCUGCCCGUGUUGCUGAGCCUCUGGGCCCAGCAGCCCUUUGCUGUCUUGCCCGCCAGGCCGGACCAGACCGUCUUGCCCCGGUGGCCCCGGGGGCUUCUUCACAGGCCUCAUCGCAGGGUUGUCUCCCCAAUGCAGGGCAGGCAGGAGGAGCUCUGGCCGCAGGUCGGGGUCCAGAUCUUCCUCGGCCACUGCGUUUGAAGCAGGGGCUCCCUUCCCUUCUCCAUCUAAGUCCUCUAAUCAUGUCCCUCCCAACACUUACGGUCAUAACUUGUCAUUAUUUUGUCUAUUAGCUGUUUCCUUGAGUCUUGUCUGUCUUCUCCUUUCAUUAGGACCCGCCUCCGUCUUGGUGGCCGCUGUAUCUCCUAAACCCCCAGGCCUGAGAUACAGUGGGGGGCCCAUUCAAGUUCGUGAAAUGACUAAGGAGAAACAGCUGUGGAGGCACCAGCCCUGAGGACGCAGUGGGCCUGGGGUUGGGCGGACCCCAGGCUGCGGGCGGAGGCGGGACGUAGGGGCGGGGUUUCGGAGCGGAGCCUAAGGGGCGGGACUGGGGCUUCGGGGCGGGGCUUCGGGGCUGCGGUCGUGUGGUCUUGACCGCGCGGCUCCGGUUGCGCUGGCUGAGUUCCUCAGGCCGCCCGGCUCUCUGGCUUCCCGCCCGCGCUGCCGUUAGGGGGCGCCCGCACUCGUGGCGCCGCGGCUCUGCUGGGAAGGCGCCGCCCGCGCCGGGCACCUGGAGCCGCAACUCCGGGCGCGGGCUCAGUCGUCCCCUCUGCCGCCGCCGCCGCCGCCGUCGCCGGGCGCGGGCUCGCUUGUCCCCGCGCUCGCGCUCUCCGGCCGCGGGCAUCUCCCGGCCCGGCCGCAGCCGCCGCCGCCGCCGCCGCCGCCGCCGCGCAUUUCCCUGAAACCUGGGCUCUUGAAGACGCAUCACUGGAGCAGAUGGAUAAUGGAGACUGGGGCUAUAUGAUGACUGACCCAGUCACAUUAAAUGUAGGUGGACACUUGUAUACAACGUCUCUCACCACAUUGACGCGUUACCCGGAUUCCAUGCUUGGAGCUAUGUUUGGGGGGGACUUCCCCACAGCUCGAGACCCUCAAGGCAAUUACUUUAUUGAUCGAGAUGGACCUCUUUUCCGAUAUGUCCUCAACUUCUUAAGAACUUCAGAAUUGACCUUACCGUUGGAUUUUAAGGAAUUUGAUCUGCUUCGGAAAGAAGCAGAUUUUUACCAGAUUGAGCCCUUGAUUCAGUGUCUCAAUGAUCCUAAGCCUUUGUAUCCCAUGGAUACUUUUGAAGAAGUUGUGGAGCUGUCUAGUACUCGGAAGCUUUCUAAGUACUCCAACCCAGUGGCUGUCAUCAUAACCCAACUAACCAUCACCACUAAGGUCCAUUCCUUACUAGAAGGCAUCUCAAAUUAUUUUACCAAGUGGAAUAAGCACAUGAUGGACACCAGAGACUGCCAGGUUUCCUUUACUUUUGGACCCUGUGAUUAUCACCAGGAAGUUUCUCUUAGGGUCCACCUGAUGGAAUACAUUACAAAGCAAGGUUUCACGAUCCGCAACACCCGGGUGCAUCACAUGAGUGAGCGGGCCAAUGAAAACACAGUGGAGCACAACUGGACUUUCUGUAGGCUAGCCCGGAAGACAGACGACUGAUCUCCGACCCUGCCACAGGUUCCUGGAAAGACUCUCCAGGAAAUGGAAGAUACUGAUUUUUUUUUUUUAAAUCACAGUGUGAGAUUUUUUUUUUUCUUUUAAAUAUUUGUAUUUAUUUGAAGGCAGUGAGGACCUGAAGGAAGUUUUGUGCUUUGGCAGACUCCUCCAUGUUUUGUUCCCUUCCCCCUGAGUAUGCAUGUGCCUGUUCAGUCUCCAGAUACCUUUUUUAUAAAAAGAAGUCUGAAAAUCAUUAUGGUAUAUAAUCUACCCUUAACAGAGCUUUUCUUAUUACAGUGCUAAAAUGAUUUCUGAUAAAAUGGUCCCUAACUCAAGUAGAAGGCUAAAAAUACAAGAAUGAAAGAAUAAGCAGAGUACUCAUGAUGCCUUUGAGAAAAAUCAAAACAUCAUGUAGGGUGACCUAGUUUCCAAACCAAUAAAUAAGUAGUAUUGUAAUAUUAAAGGAAAACUGUUCCAAUCAUUUAAAAGUACUUAUUAAGUACUGCUUUUUACAGUUAUGACAACUGUUUCUUUCUAUGCAUAUAAAUCAAGGAACCAAAUAUCUGUCUGUAGCCAUGGAAAUGUCUGACUAGAAAUAUUUAUAUUCAAUUCUGAAUACAAAAUGUCCCUGUGGUAGAAAACUUACUCUUUAUGCCUGGUGCAGUAUAAUUCCCAAGUGUACUGUCUACCAGAAAAAAAAAACAAAACUAAUAAAAAAUGAAAUAUGAAAA